UCGUUCUUGUUUUUUCACGCCAUUUUCAAACUAAUGUUUUUUAAUUUAAUGUUUGCUUAAACGUUCUCUGUUAAAUAAGAAAAGUUAUUGUUUGAAUAUUUAAAAAAUAAAAUAUUUAAUGUUGAAUUUAAUUAUAAUUUAAAUAAAUUUCUGAUAUCACUAAUGGACUACACAAUAAUCGGGAUCGUAUUAGCUGGUACAGUUCAAAAUUUAUUAGAAUCCUCAGACGAUGAUUCUAGUGAUGAUGAAGAUCUCGUCUAUUGUUUUGGCAAUCGCGAUGAUCAGAACAUUAUUCCAAGGAUAGAAAAUUAUGUGGAGACUACUGUUUUUCGAAUGACUGAUGAGACCUUUAAAAGUCAUUUUCGUAUGAGACGAGAUACUUUUGAAUUUCUUAUAAAUCUACUUGGACCUGAAUUGCAAAAACAAUCUGUACGUUACGGUAGAAAUCCUAUUUCUGUCGAAAAACAACUUGUAACGGGUGGUUUAAUUCCCGCUCAUUUGGCCCUUAGUAAAAUUUAACAACAACAAUAUAUU